ACAGGAAACGCUUUGAGCUUACCUUGGCAAUGGCCCCCGUAUUUAUGUAAAGGUCGAAGUUGCAAAACAGAACACAGCAGACUGGUAGUCUCUUUACACAACUUAUCGAAGCAGCCUUGCCGACAGACAUUGCAACAAAGAUAGUCAUGGCUGGAAUAGCACGUAUUGCUCCAAGCUUGUCAGCCUCGAUUUGUCGAGGACAGUCUUUGUCGGCACUCUCUGUCGUGGCUCGAACUAAUACAACAGAAGCAAAGAAGCCAGAAAAGACUACUUUCGGACCAUUGAAAGACCAGGAUAGAAUUUUCACAAAUCUGUAUGGACGCUAUGACUUUGGACUUAAAGGAGCAAAAGCCAGGGGCUCAUGGUACAAGACGAAGGAGAUCAUACUGAAAGGUCAUGAGUGGAUUCUCAAGGAAGUCACUACCUCUGGGCUCCGAGGACGUGGUGGUGCAGGCUUUCCUACAGGGAUGAAGUGGGGGUUCAUGAACAAGCCCUCUGACGGAAGGCCCAAGUACCUGGUGGUGAACGCUGAUGAGGGAGAGCCAGGCACCUGCAAGGACAGAGAGAUUAUGCGCCACGACCCACACAAGCUCAUCGAAGGCUGCUUGGUGGCUGGAGUGGCUAUGCAUGCCAGGGCGGCUUAUAUUUACAUUCGUGGAGAGUUCUACAACGAGGCUUCAAACCUUCAGAUCGCUAUCAAUGAGGCUUACAAGGAAGGUUUGAUCGGUAAGAACGCCUGUGGAUCUGGAUACGACUUUGAUGUUUUCGUACAUAGAGGGGCUGGAGCAUACAUUUGCGGAGAAGAGACGGCGCUGAUUGAGUCUCUUGAGGGCAAGCAGGGCAAGCCCCGCCUUAAGCCCCCUUUCCCAGCUGAUGUGGGUGUCUUUGGCUGCCCUACCACAGUCUCCAAUGUGGAAACUGUUGCUGUGGCUCCGGACAUCUGCCGCCGCGGUGGAGAGUGGUUUGCCAGUUUUGGAAGGGACAGGAACAGGGGUACCAAGCUGUUCAACAUCUCUGGUCAUGUCAACAACCCUACCACUGUGGAAGAGGAGAUGUCAGUGCCUCUGAAGGACUUGAUUGAGCGACACGCUGGUGGUGUCAUCGGGGGCUGGGACAACCUGCUUGCUGUCAUCCCUGGCGGAUCUUCCACCCCUCUUAUCCCUAAAGAAGAGUGUGACACUGUACUGAUGGACUUUGAUGACCUGAUUCGAGUACAGACAGGCCUCGGCACGGCGGCCAUCAUUGUGAUGAACAAGUCGUCCGACAUUGUACGCUGCAUUGCCAGACUCAUUGACUUCUACAAGCAUGAGAGCUGUGGACAGUGCACACCUUGCCGAGAGGGCGUCAGCUGGAUGAUGAAGAUUAUGCACCGAUUCCAGACGGGCAACGCCAAACGCGAUGAGAUUGACAUGCUGUACGAGCUGAGCAAACAGAUUGAAGGUCACACCAUCUGUGCCCUCGGCGACGGAGCUGCCUGGCCAGUGCAGGGACUCAUUCGUCACUUCCGCCCGGAGUUGGAACGUAGGAUGGAUGCAUACGAGGCACAACAAGCUGCUAGGAACUGAAGAGUGUGGCAUCUUCACUCCUAGAUAACUCUGGCUCCACAGACUACGUCUCGGUGGAACAUGUAAUUUGAGAUGGGUGUGUGGUGUGUGUUGAGGGCAUUGCUGCUGCUGAGACUGCUAUAUGGUGUGGGUUCGAGACUGAAGUUUUAGUUUUCCCCUCUCAUCAGUAGUGUAAUGUUUCUGCUGAUGUCUGAAGAACUGAGGAAAAGACCGUCUAAUAUGUGAAAAAAUCUGACAUCUGUACAGUAGAUUUAGUUGUGAUGGUGGACGUCUAUCUGCCCGAUGCAUUAAAAUCUUAAUUAUGAUCUUUAUUUAGGUGGGUUUGUAGUUACUUCAAGUGCUUGUGGUGUGUGUGUUUUUCUGUGUCCUUUGAUUAUAUAGGAGUACCUUGUUAGGAGAAUAUGUAGAUCUACUUGUAUGCCCACAUGUAGUGAGAAAAGGUGAAAAUGAUCUGUAUAUGUGUGUGUGCUUGUGUACAACAAAGAUGUAUCGUGUGUCUAAUUCUAAUGCCUCAUAGGCAGUGGCACUUUGAAGUAGUUGUGUUUUCACACUACUGAGAUAGCCUUGCGGCUGAUGUUGCAGAUGUUUCAGUGUGCUCGAAGCACUGAAUUCUUUGCUUCUACUGCCUUUCCUUUAUUAGGAAUGGAAGAUAUUUUUGACAGUCGUCUAUUCUGGAUGUUACGAAUGAAUCGUACAUGUGCUGAUGACUGAUGUUUUUUAGACUGUUCCACAGGUCAUGGUACACUACUGCAACUUUAUGGGACACCGUACUCAGUGUAAUGGUGCCAAUAAUGAUUAAAAACUGUUUUGAAUUGUUAGAAGAA